AGACACUUGUAAAAUACUAAAUACAAUUGUUAUUUAUUUUCUAUUUCAAUACAUUUUCACCGAUUCAGUUUAUAAUUUAAAAAAAAAAAAAUAGCACAUUAUUAUUAUUGUUUAUUUAGGUGUAAACAUAACUACAUGUUAUUUAAUUAUUGUUGUCAAAUGACAGAUUGAGUAAAUAUAUUUUUUUUUAGCAAGUAUGACAUGCCAAAUCAAGUCACACAAAUUGUUAAUUAUAUACAAAUCUUAUUAGCUACUUAAUUAUUCAUUGUAUAUGAGUUAUAAAUUUAUAAAAUGGAUAUAUUCGAACUUAAAGAUGUCAAAACAAUAGCUGAUAUAGUACAUGUGUAUCCUGAUAAUGUAAAAAAUGAAUCAAUUCCACUUGUCAUUGACAAUGGUUCAUACAAUUGUCGAGUUGGUUGGGCAUGUGAAAAUGAGCCAAGAUUAAUAUUUAAAAAUUUAAUAGCUAAACCAAGAAGAGAAAGAGGUAAAAAAGAUGGUGAAUUACAAAUUGGAAAUGAUAUUGUUAAUAUUGAAGCAAUGAGAUUUCAAUUAAAAACACAAUUUGAUAAAAAUAUUAUAACACAUUUUGAAGCACAAGAACAAAUUUUUGAUUAUGUAUUUACUCAUAUGGGUAUUGAUGGUGAAAGUUCAGUAAAUCAUCCAAUUAUAUUAACUGAAGCAUUUUUAAAUCCAAAUUAUUCACGUAAUCUUAUGGCAGAACUUUUAUUUGAAUGUUAUGGUAUACCAUCAAUAGCAUAUGGUAUUGAUUGUCUUUUUUCAUAUCAUCAUAAUAAUUGUCCACCUGAUGGUUUAAUUAUAAGUAUGGGAUAUCAUGUUACUCAUAUAAUUCCUAUUCUCAAUGGUAAAAUUGAUUUUAUAAAUAGCAGACGAAUGAAUGUUGGAGGUUUUCAUGUUAUUUCAUAUAUGCAUAGACUAUUACAACUUAAAUAUCCUUCACAUGUUAAUGCAAUAACACCAAGUAGAGCUGAAGAAUUAAUUCAUGAACAUUCAAUGAUUGCUUAUGAAUAUCAAAAAGAAAUAAAAAAAUGGGCUGAUUCAAAUCAUUAUGAUGCAAAUGUUGUAAGAGUACAGCUUCCAUAUAUUGCACCAGCUGCAGCUACAGGUUUGACAGUUGAACAACAAAAAGAAAGAAAACGUGAACUUGCUAGACGUUUAAUGGAAAUAAAUGCAAGAAAACGAGAAGAAAGGCUAGCAGAAGAUGAAGAACAAUUAAAUCAAUUUUUAGAAGUACAAGAAUUAUUGGACAAUAGUGAAGAUGAUAAAUUUGAAAAAGCAUUAAAAACAUAUAAUAUUGCUAAUGAAGCUGAAUUAACAAAAAUAAUUAAUAAUUUACAAACAAAAAUAUUAAAAAUUAAACAAAAAAUUAUUGCAGCAAAUUCACAAGAAGAAAAUAUUAUAAUUGAAGAACAAAGACCAAAAAUUAAAUUAAAUUUACAACCAAAAGAUCAACAAGAUUUUACUGAAUGGAUAACAGGUGUAAGAAAAAAAAGACAAGAUAUUUUGGAAAAAAGAUUAGCUAAACGUCAACGUAGACAAGACAUGGCUAAACGUAGAACAGCAGCAGCACAAGAAAGAAUGAGAAUUAUAAGUCAUUUAGCUAAAAAAGAAAAACGAGAUGAUGAUUUUGGAAUGCGUGAUGAAGAUUGGGAUGUAUACAAAGCAAUAAAUAAGGAAGGAGGAGAUUCUGAUUCAGAAGCAGAACAAGAACGUUUAAUUGAAUUAGAAGUUGUAUUAAGACAACACGAUCCAGAAUUUGAAGGUGCUGGUACAAAUGUACCAUUGAUACCAGGUGAAACUCAUCAACUUCAUAUAGGAACAGAACGUCUUCGUGCACCAGAAUUAUUAUUUCAACCAUCAAUGAUUGGAUCAGUAGAAGCUGGUAUUGCAGAAAUAAUUGAUUUUGUACUUAAACGUUAUCCAAGUGAAAUUCAAUCACGACUUGUUAAUAAUGUUUUUGCAACUGGUGGCCCAACAAAAUUAUCUGGUUUUAUAGAUAGAUUAACACGUGAAUUACGUGAAAUAAGACCAUUUGAAACAAGUUUCAAUAUAAAUACUGCUAAAAAUGUUAGUUUAGAUAGUUGGUAUGGUGCAAGAAAUUUUGGUGCAAGUAGUAAUUUAUCAGAAUACUUGAUAACUCGUAAAGAAUAUGAAGAAAAAGGUGGUGAAUAUUUAAAAGAACAUUCAGCAAGUAAUUUUUAUCAAAAAUCACCAGAACCACUGCCUUAUGUUCAAGUACCUACAUCAUGUGAACAAACAAUCAUUGAAGAUUCUAUGGUUAAUAUUGAAGUUGAUGAAAAUCAAUAAUUUUCUUUGUAAAAUUUAUAAAAUAAAUAAAAAAUUAAUUAUACUUAA